AUGAGCAUUGAAGAACAGAAUGCUAUUGAAAUUGAUAUAGAUCAUCCAACUCCAUUGGAAAUUGAUUCAAAAGAUGAUCAAGUGAUAAAUGUAGAUGAAGAUAUAACCAUUGGAGAAGGUGAGAAACAAGAUGAUGAUAAUGAACUAGAUUUAUUAUCAGAGGACCUCCCUGAAGAUGAUAAUGAUGAUGAUGAUCAUGACAUGAAUGAGAGAAUUGAAGAUGAAGAUAUUAGUAAGACAGAACAAUUAGAAGAUGAAGAAAUUGGGGAUGAUCCAGAGUCAGCUACUAUACAAAAUGAACAAGAUUAUGAUAUGGAUGGUCAAAAUAAUGAAUCCACUAUUUAUUAUGAAGCUAUGAAUACUACUACAAAUGCUGAAUCUCCAAUUGAUUAUAUAUCACCAGAAAAGAUAAAUGAUGAUGUGGUAGAUAAUGAAAACAAAUCAAUUGAAACUAAUGAUGAUACGGCUAGUGGUCAAGUGGAAGAAUUAGAUGAUGAUCAAGCAGAUACUACUUUGAAUGAACCUCAUCAAGAUCAAGACCAACAUCAAAAUUCCACAGAAUUAGAUGAAAUAAACCAUGUUGAAGCUUUAUCAAAUGAUAGUAUAAACCAAGAACACGAAUCAAAAGAGACAAUUGAUGAAACAAGUAAAAAUUCCAAUGAUGGUGAUGAUGUGGGUGUUACUUCAAAGAUUAAGGGUUCAAAUGCUACUACAAUCGAUGAUAAACCUGAUCCAGUUGAAGACAUAACAACCAUUGAUAAUCUUGAGAAUGACUCAAAUCAAGAAAUAUCUAAUGAUGAACCAGCCAAUGGUGAUGUAUCAGAGGUAAAAGAGUCACACAAUGAUGUUGCUGAUUUGAAUAAAGUGGAUGGAAAUGCUAAAGAAAAUGUUGAAGAAGUUGAUUUACAAGAACCUAUUGAAACUCAAACCGAAGAGAAAGUGGAUGAGGUUGAAGUGCCUAAAGAAGAUGGAGGAGCUGUACAAGAUAUCAAAGAAGAGAUAGUGGCUGGUGAGGAUAAGGAAAAUGAUGAUGAUAAACAGGAAAUCGAAGAGGAACACCAUGAAGCGCUUAUACGAGAAGAAAAAGAAGAACAAGAAGAAUCCAAAGUUGAUGAUCAAGAAGGUCACAAGGUUCCACAAGAAGAUCAACAUAACCAAGAAGAAGAAGAACAUGCUGCCAUAGAUCAUACAUCCCCAACAAGCUCACAAAAUGUUGACUAUUGUCCUAUUCCAAUCUUAUUACGUACAAAUGUUUUCCCAUACUUGUUAUGUCCAGUAUCACCAGACGUUCAUGAAAAAUUAACAUCAGAACUUGAGAAUGUUAUAACUUUAUUUGAUGAUUCUUCAGUAUUACAAUUUACAUUAACACAAAUCUUGGAACAAGUUAAAGAAAUUUUCAAAGAGAAUGAUAAUCCUUUUGAUGAAGAUGAAGAACUUGUUUUAACAUUUAAAGAGUUUGGAAACACUUCAAUUGAAGAAACUAGUGUUCUUGCUGAUACCUUAUAUAUUUAUGAUAUCAUUGAAAUGUUUCAAAUUGUGAUUGAUAAUGCUGAUGGUGAAUCAAGACCAGAUUGUUUAUACAUUGACUUGAAUUCUAGAAAAAGCUUUAGAAGUCAAAUGAGUAAGAUAUGGGCUUUGAAGAAACAUUCAGAGAAUGAUCAUCAAGCUGAAGAAGGUACAACUAAUGAAGAAUUUAAACGUGAUGAAACUAUUGAUUUUGAGCUGAGUGAGGAUGAACCAGAUGCUGAAAAUGAUGUUGUGGAUGAUGAAAAGGAUGAAGAAACCUCUGUGAAGAAUGAUGUUGAUGUUUCUAAAUCUUCUGUUGAAUCUGGUGAUUCUGCUAAACGCCCAAUUGAUGAGAUUGAAAAUGGAGAAGACGCUGCUGAAUCAUCAACAAAGAGACAAAAGGAAGAACAAUGA